GUUUCGCAGCAUGUGCAGUUGGGCAAGGUGAAUAACUGCUCUGUUAGUUGUCUGUUAACACAAGAUCUGCAGAAGUGGGAUCGUGCAGAUGCUAUCGUCUUCGAUGCCUUCUACAUGUCCCCAGUUGAGGAAAGGUUGCUUGACAAAAGCAAGAAGCGAAUCAGUCAGAAGUGGCUCUUUAACUUUGAUUUUGAGCCUCCUAUAUACGAUGGGCGGCCGCUGUUAAAGCGUGUGGUCCAGACACUUGAUCCUCUCAUUGAUUGGACUUUCACAUUCAAUCCGCGCGGCGACUUCCACAAACCUCACUGGGGAUUAGCUUCGCACGCGGAAGAUGCCACCGUGUUUGCGACUAACUGGGCAGAAAACAAGAACCGCAUUCUGUUGUGGUUCUCAAGCACCAGAUGCGAGUCAAAGUUCAAGCGUAACGAGAUUUUCAAGAAGUUGUCUUCGUACCUUCCAGAUGGCAGCGUCGACCUCUUUGGUGAAUGCGGGAAACGCGAUCCCUGUGGCGGUAGAGGGUCUAUCACGAAUCCAAAGACUCCCAAAGAUUGCAUACGAAGACUGGCCAGGUCUUACAAGUUCUACGCUGCAUUUGAGAAUUCCCGGUGUCGUGGGUACACCACCGAGAAGCUAAGAACUGGGCUUCUCCAUGGCAUGGUGCCCAUAGCCUAUGGAGGUAUGGACAGAUCCGAUUAUGAACUAAUUGUGCCCGCAGAUUCUUUCAUCCACGUGGAUGACUUCACUUCCCUCGAAAACCUGGCAAAGUUCAUACUGGAGCUGGACAAGGAUGAUGCAAAGUACAAUGCAUACUUUGCUUGGAGAGCAAGGCUUCAUGUGGAAGACCGUCUGGUCACGGCUUCGCGCAAGUACUGUGAGCUUUGCACGGAGCUGCAGAAGCCGCAGGCUUUGCUCCUCAGGUGGCAGCUAAUCACAUUUUCAGAUUCACGUGCCUGA